AAAAAAUUUCGGGACAUAGUUUUUUAACAAUGGCCUACACGCGCCCGUCCCGGUGCUCCCUAACUUACAAGCACUAGGUGCCCCAUAUAAUUUGCGGUGGCCACGUGUUGUUGUGUAAGCAACGUGUUACUGACUAAGCACACAAUCAAACCGACUGCCGCUCUCUCCUUAGUUCUUUUAUUCGUUCCGCUCUGAUAAAAAAGAACAAAUACUGGAUUUCAUUGUGGCAAUUCGUCGAACAAUUUGAGCGCUGUUCAGCGUGGGGUUCUUUGAUUGAUGAACUCUGUUAACAUUGCCAUCAGUAGGAUUCGCGAAUCCUUCCUCAAUGAGGGGAAUCGUUUCAUGCUUCAAACGGCAGUGUAACAUGCUCCGCCCAACAUCUUCACGUUAUUGCAGCUCAGCUGAGAAAAUUCUCGGCAGGAGUUUGUCAGUGAAAGAGAACAGAUUGAGGCAUGACAAUCGGGGUUUCAUUAAGUAUUCACUCUAUAGAUUCUUUUCUACUAGAUAUUCUAGCGUGCAUGGCGAGAGGCCAUCUGCAGAGUAUGCGAAAUUGAGGAAAGAGUCUCUAGAAAGUGAAUUCGGAGAUUUGCUCGGAAGUAGAUCAAAAAAUGUGUCAACAUUAUACCAUUUUGGUCCAUUCUUUGCAUUGUACAGAGCAGCUAUUAUCUCAUAUCAUGUUUUAAAGCUUGCUGUAUGGCGAUUUUUUGUCCACGACAUGAAGAAGCGUUCAACUAUGUUUCGUGAAACUCUCAUUCGACUGGGGCCCUUUUAUGUCAAGCUUGGACAAGCAUUAAGCACCAGACCUGACAUAUUACCUAAAGUUUAUUGCCAAGAACUUUCGAAGUUGCAGGAUCAAAUUCCCCCUUUCCCAACUAAUGUUGCCAUUAGGUCCAUCGAAAGGCAGUUGGGAGCUCCUAUUUCAGAAAUAUUUGCGGACAUUAGUGAGGAACCUAUUGCAGCAGCAUCUUUGGGGCAAGUUUACAAAGCUCACCUGCACUCAGGGGAGCUUGUAGCUGUCAAGGUUCAGAGGCCUGGUAUGUCACAUUUGUUGACACUUGAUGCCUUGUUAUUUCACAUGAUUGGGGGCCAAUUGAAACGAUUCGCCAAAGCACGGAAAGAUCUUUUAGUGGCUGUCAACGAGAUGGUGAGGCAUAUGUUUGAGGAAAUUGACUACAUUCUGGAGGGUCAAAAUGCUGAGCGAUUUGCAACGUUUUUUGGUGACAGUUCUGGUGGUGAUGAUGAUAGGUCCAGAAGUUCAACCGGGGCAACUGCUGCUCACCAGAAGGCCAAUCACAUUAAGGUUCCAAAAAUAUAUUGGGGGCUUACCCGUCAAGCAGUUCUGACAAUGGAAUGGAUUGAUGGCAUUAAACUUACUGAUGAAGAUCGCUUGAAGAAAGCUUAUCUUAACAGGAAGGAAUUAAUUGACCGGGGGCUGUAUUGCUCUUUGAGGCAAUUGCUGGAGGUGGGGUUUUUUCAUGCUGAUCCUCAUCCAGGAAACCUUGUCGCCUUGGAGGAUGGAUCUCUUGCUUAUUUUGAUUUCGGAAUGAUGGGUAAUAUUCCACGUCAUUUCCGUGUGGGGCUAAUCAGAGUGCUUGUGCACUUUGUUAACCGUGAUUCCCUCGGAUUGGCGAAUGAUUUCCUUUCUCUAGGCUUCAUUCCAGAAGGCGUUGAUAUUCAGGCUGUCUCAGAUGCACUGAAAGCAUCUUUUGGUGAUGGGAGAAGACAGUCCCGUGAUUUCCAGAGUAUAAUGGAUCAACUAUAUGGUGUUAUGUAUGAGUUCAACUUCUCACUCCCUCCAGAUUAUGCACUGGUGAUAAGAGCGUUGGGUUCACUUGAAGGGACUGCUAAAGUACUAGAUCCAGAUUUUAAAGUCGUUGAAAGUGCUUAUCCUUUUGUGAUAGGCCGGCUUUUGGCAGACCCUAAUCCAGAUAUGAGAAGAAUUUUACGGGAGCUGCUCAUUCGUAAUGAUGGCUCAAUCCGAUGGAAUCGACUUGAAAAACUGAUAGCCGCAAUAUCUCAACAGGCUUCUGAGACAGCUGAUGAUUCUCCCACUCUCAUUGAAUGGAAAUCAUUCAAUAUGCGGGCUGUAGUGGCUGCCACAGAAGAUCUUUUCGAGUUUAUCCUUUCUGAUAAUGGUUCCAGGAUCCGUGUGUACAUUGUAAAAGAUAUGAUUAAGGCAGCUGAUGGUUUCCUGAAAGAUGAAUCUCUUUUUGAUGAGGGGCAAUCGGAUUCUCAGGUAUAGCUUAUAUAUCAGAGAAUGUACACUCUAUUUUUGGGCUACACAACUGAUCAUGGUGAGGUUUUUAUGCAUAAAAAUGUACAAAUUCAAAUUUUGUUCUUUUAACGAUAAUUAGCUUUAUCGCUGAGGUAGUUUAAAGCUGAUGUUGCUUAAUUUCCGCCCUGAUUUGGGCUGUUGAACCCAUUAAUUUUCUGUCAGUUUUAACCCUUUGUAUGAUGUGGUUAGCUAAAUCUAACAUUUUCCAACUUUGAUCCCAUAAACUUUCAACCAUUCAUGUCACUGGACAAUCUUUAUGAAAUUUUGCUGCUGACAAAUAAGUUUCUGUCUGCCAUUGGAGGUUUUUCUUUUCUUCUCUUUUAGGUUAUCAUAGUGUGUAUAAUUGAUUGGCUCUAAGUUUUUACUCGUAGUUAGUGAGCAGGGGUUGUCCUUUUCAGUAAUCAGUCUCUUGAGCCUUUUGUCUUAUAAAGGACUGUUGAUUUGGAUCUUGCUUUGCUGUUGGCACAGGAAAAUCAGAUGCUUAUUCGAGUGGUUAAUGGGCUUACAUCAUUGCGGCAUGCGGUCAGGUUGGCUCCCGAUGUAUGGACAGCUAUGUUUAUUCGUAUGUUAAUUAAGCCAGAGUUUCAGAAAUUUUCUUUCUGCAUCUUUUCCGCUUUGUUCACGCAUUUUAGCAAUGAAAUUCCAAACUCUACCUGGGUUUGCCUGUCUAGAUUAAUUCAUAGAUGGAACUUUAGCAACUCGAGACCUUUGUAGUAUGGAAUAUGAUGAGCUGGACCAUUUUGGUAUUUAUGGAAGUGUUAUUAAAUCUCUCCUAAACUUGCCUUUCUGCUGUAUUUAACCCUUAAGGGAGCCUAAUGUAAUGAGGUUGAUAUGAUCAAGUUGGCAAAUUGAUCAUGAAUUUUUUUCUGCAC